AUGGCGGCAGACACGUCGGUACUAAAGGUCCUCCUCACGGUGGAGCUGGCCGAGCACAUCCUCUCCUACCUCCCUUUCCAGGACUUGGUGCAGGCGGAGCUGGUGUGUAGAGCGUGGCGCGAUAUCAUCCAAUGGUCAUCGCACACUCGUCAAGGCUUGUUCCUCGAGCCCACUACGCACCAUUUGUCCGUUGCGUAUCGCAGCGAGAGCAAACUCCGCAAACCAUGGCAAUACCGCUCCCUCAACAUUAUGCGAUACAUCGAAACGUACACCAUCGCUGUCCUCCAUCCCUAUCUGGAAUUCGAUUCAAUCAGGGAGCGAAGAGGCCUGACUGCAUUCACCUUCAAUUGGGAGAAAGCACUCUCCCUGCGUCCAGAGGGGAGAUGGAGGAAUAUGUUCAUCACCCAGCCGCCGUGCCGAAACGUCAAAGUCGAAUACCAAGUCGGCGUUCCCAAUGCUCUGUUCACCGGUCGCACCAGGAUCAGCGAAAGCAAGGGCGUCCAACUGGGGCUGAUGGUAGACACGAUCCGAGAAUUGCUGGCCCACCCUGGCGACCACGGAGAUCUGCAGCCCAUGCCAACUGCAACACCCGCAGAUGGCCGAGAGUAUCCACAAGGCGCUUGGUUCGAGAGGCUGGAUUGCUACAUCGAUGGCUUCAUCAGCGAAACGGCUGCUUUCACUUUGGCGAGUAAAGCCGCGGAAUCCGCACGCAAGCCGCGGCCAAUGAAUCUGGAGUGA